UGGCAAAUUUCGAAAAUGCGUGCAAUAUGAAAUUUAGGUGUAUUUAUUUUUGAUUUGUUUGGGGUCGCAGUUUAAAUUUCGGGUCUGUUAAAUAAUAUCGUUAACAGAGUUGUGUGUGCACAACUGUUGAAUAUUACUUGCAGCUAAAACCAGAUAAGUCAUUAGUUUUUGUCGAAACACUUUAAAAUGAAGUGUUACUACGAAGUGCUAGGAAUUGAGCGAGAUGCAACCGAUGCUGAUAUAAAAACAGCAUAUCGCAAACUGGCUUUGCGUUGGCAUCCUGAUAAAAACCUUGAUGCACUGAAUGAGGCAAAAGAACGUUUCCAACUCAUUCAACAAGCUUACGAAGUUUUAUCUGAUCCACAAGAACGAGCUUGGUAUGAUAAUCAUCGUGAUCAAAUAUUGCGUGGCAAAAACUCUGACUAUACGGAGAACUGUUUAGAUGUUUUUGAGUAUUUUACUUCUUCCUGUUUCCGUGGAUAUGAAGAUGACGAAAAGGGAUUUUAUGCAGUGUAUAGAGAGGUUUUCAAAAAGAUUGCUGCAGAAGAUGCUGAAUUCAUGGAUGACGAGGAUGAAGUAGAUCAGAUACCGUCUUUUGGUGAUUCGAAAAGUAAUUAUGAGGAUGUUGUGGCGCCUUUCUAUGCAUAUUGGCAAGCUUAUUGUACAAAGAAAACAUACACAUGGCUAUGCCCAUAUGACGUGAAAGAAAUAAGAGAUCGACGAGUUCUUCGUGAGGUUGAAAAAGAAAUGAAAAAAGUCACCCAGAAAGCACGGAAGGAACGCAAUGAGGAGGUGAGGAACCUGGUGUCAUUUGUGCGAAAGCGGGACAAACGUGUGCAAGCAUACAGAAAACUUUUGGAAGAACGCGCAAUACAAAACCGAAAAAAACAAGAGCAAAAUAGACUAGAGCAAAUACGUAAGCGUCAACGUGAGCUUCAAGAAAUGCGUGAAAAUAUUAAGCAAAGUGAACAUCAUUUUGAUGAUUACGAAGCCCAACUAAAGCAAUUAGCACAAGAUUAUGGGGAUAGCAGCGCUGAGGAUGAAAGUGAAACCUGUGAUGAGGAAGAAGAAGAGAAAGAAAUUGAAGUUUUGGAAUCUGGAGAAGAAGAUUUUUACGUGGAUGAACUGUAUUGUGUAGCUUGUAAUAAAGCAUUUAAAAACAAGAAUGGGUAUGCAAAUCACGAAACAAGCAAAAAGCACCGGGAAGCUCUAGAACGUAUGAAACUGGAAAUGCAAGCUGAAGAGGAAGCUUUUCAAGACAGCAAUGAAGAUGCGAGUUCGGAUAAGAGUGAAGAACAGAGUGAAUUUGAGGAUUUGGAAGUAAACGAAAGUGAGCCAGAUGAGUCAUUUGAAGAACAAUCGGCGGAUAAUGAUAGUUGUGAUGACCCCAUUUUACAACAUGAUAUAGAAGACUCAGACUUAGAUGAAGAACUGAUUGCCAAUAAAAAAUCGAAGAAAACUAGAAGGGCUCUAAAGAAUGCCAAGUUAAAUAAUGCGAAAGUAUCACCUUCCGCUGAUAGGCAUGAAGAAUCAAUAGCGUCUGACUUUCUGGCGCAAGCGAAAAUAGUUGAUAGUGAUGAUGAAGACUGGAAUAGCAGCAAUAAAAAAUCUGCCCGUAAAAAUAAAAGCAAAAAACCGGCGAAAAAGAGUUUGGUAGUAGAGGAAAAGCCAAAUUUUUCAAAACAAGAUACUAAAGUUCUAGAAGAGGUAAAUCUAAGAACUGAAGAAAAACUAUUUGAAAAAGAAAUUUUAAAAGACAAAGCUGAUGAAACCAGAAAGUCUCUACCUAAAACAAAGCCAAAUGUCGAUACAAAUUCUACAACGAUAUCAAAUGUGUGCGUCACAUGUAAAGCGAAUUUUUCAUCUAAAAAUAAACUUUUUGCUCAUCUGAAGAUCACUAAUCAUGGAGUUUUCAUACCGAAAACGAAAACGGAAGUAAAAACAACUUCAUCUGACGGUAAAAGUAGAAAGAAUAAAGGAAAAAAGAAGUAAAUUAGCAUCUGUCACCCCAUCGAUUUAACCAUUGUUUAAAGAUGUUCAUCGAAGAAAUUUCGAAAUUUAAACUUAAUGUUGUUUAAAAGACAAUAUAAUGUAAUUAUUUUGAACUCCAGAAAAAAAUCUGUGGCAUUAAAAAUGUUUGGAAGUUACAAUAAAUACUUACCUUACAGUUUUAUCAGCGAAUAUAUGGUUUAUGUAAUGAAUGUGUCUGCUAAAAUUACCUAAAUCUAAUAAAUUUAAUGCUAUUGACAAAAUAGCUAUAUAAAGA